UUUAGUGUUUUUUUUAAACCAUGACGUCAUCAACAGGCGACAUGCUACUUUUACACCGUGCUAGCAGCAUGAUGGAAGUCUGCGGCUCUUCAAAUGUUUCUCUGAGGGAGUUUGGUUGUGAGCAGAGUUUACUGUCUCGACCCGACGGCUCGGCAUCGUUCGUCCAAGGAGACACAAGCAUAAUGGCAGGAGUUUACGGACCGGCCGAGGUCAAAGUCAGCAAGGAAAUCUAUGACCGGGCGACUCUGGAGGUGUUGAUACAGCCCAAAGUGGGACUACCAAGUGUUCGGGAGCGAUCGCAAGAACAGUGCGUGCGAGAAACCUGCGAGGCCUCUCUGCUGUUGUCACUUCAUCCUCGCUCCUCGCUCACCCUCAUCCUUCAGGUGUUACACGAUGACGGUUCGCUCUUGUCCUGCUCUUUGAACGCGGCCUGCAUGGCGCUGAUGGACGCAGGGUUGCCCAUGAGCUGCCUCUUCUGUGGAGUGACCUGCGCCAUCGGCUCGGACGGUCAGAUCAUCACAGACCCGACCGCGGCUCAAGAGAAGGAAAGUCGAGCUUUGAUGACCUUUGCGAUUGACAGCACCGAACGCAGGGUCAUGAUGUCAUCAACCAAAGGAUCGUUUUCGGUUUACGAGCUGCAGCAGUGCAUAGCCGUCAGUCAGAAAGCAUCAGAGAAAAUCUUCCAGUUCUACAGAGACUCCGUGAGGCGGCGAUACUCCAAAACGCUCUGACGAAAAGAAGCGCCUUUCAUUUUCCUUUGUUUUAAACAGUGAAUACAGAUGAUCCUGAUGUUGUAAUAAAAUAUUUAGUAAAAA